AUGGCAAGUAACCUGCAAAGACAACGACCUAUGUCUAUUUCAACGGUUAAUGUCGAUAUCGAUGAUUUUGAAAGAUUACCUAGAGAAGAAUACAUUAAAAGUGGAACAAUUACAACGACCACGAAUUCAAGCACAACUGCGGUUACAAUAUCAACAACACCGUUCGUAUGUUCAUCUUCACCUGCUACAUAUUAUCAAUAUACGACUGUCACACCACCGCAAUGUUUAAAUUAUACAACCAACACCGAUGCAACACGAAAUAUUGGCUAUACAGCAUCGAUUAACUAUUGUGAUAAUAUAUCACCAUUCACUAAUGCUACAUCUGUAUGGAUUCGUUUUCAAGAACCAGCAGGAACAGUAAUGGCCAAUUCGCCUGUACCACCAAAUUAUUGUGGUACAGUUGUUACUGGAUGGUAUGCUGGUCAAUAUCCACCAACAGUAUUUACUACAGUCACAAGUAUUGUCUGUUUCUAUUACGGAACAAAUACUUGUUCUUCUUGUACUGUAAUAUCAGUAACGAAUUGUCAAACUUUCAAUGUUUUUCUACUUCCUCAACCACAUUCCUGUAAUUAUCGUUAUUGCACUUUGUGAUUUCAUAAUAAACAGCAUGAUUUAAGUUUCAUUCAAUAUGAAUCAAUAGACAUGUUUUAUUUUUGUCUGAACGAUUUCAAAUGUUAGGAAAUCGGUUUAUUUUUAUACUAUUAUAGGUUAGAUUUAAUCAAUAAUAUGAUUUAGCAAAUGAAAAAAAUUGUCAAUGAUAAAAGUAAACAUUGAAUGAUGUUUUCAAAAUGAAUUUCAAUCAUUUCUGUUUUGUCUAAAGCUGAACUCGGUUUAGAUUUAAUUACAAAAAUAGAAUGACUUUCUACACUAAAAUUAUUCUUCAAAAAUAUUAUUUCAAAACUACAAUCGACAUUCAAUGAUUGAAUGAGAAAAUUAACUACACUCAAGCCUCUAGUAGUGAACACCUCUUUACUGUAGAUAGUGAACCGCUGUACAUGUAAAGUAAAGAAUGAUCUCAUAACACGAGUUUACUUUGCAAAAAAGAGCCUUUAUCUAUGACUAAUAUAGAGAGCACUUUUGAAUAGUCCCGAUGAUAUUCACAAUAGAGGAAUUUUACUGUAUUUAUUUUACAUAGUCAAUCAAAACAGAGAAAUCAUAUAUGAGAACGAAAAAAGAAGAAUUUAUGAUCAUUAUUUUUCUUUGUUGUUGUGUUGAUCAGAUUAAAAAUAAAAUUGAAUAAUUACAUAAAAUGAAGAAUUCAAUACACUUUAUUAUUAGACUGUGGUUAUGGAUAUCAGUGUGGAUGUGGGUAUUCAAUUGUUCAUCUACAUCCCACAUCCCACACCAGCAGGAAUAUAAAGAUAUUUUCUAUAUUACAUUUACUAUUCACAGAUGCAUUUAAUUCUUCAAGUAAAGAAAAUAUUUAAUAUUUUCUCCCAUACCAGAGGGUCAUUCCAUGUUAAACGAUAAUCCUUAUCAGAAUGUUACAUAUUAACCAAUAAAUUUAUCAAACAUCGA